UCCUUACUUUCCUCUUUUUCUCCCUGACCCAUCUGGCCCUCUCUCACAGGAAACAAUGAAGGGAGACACCAGACACCUCAAUGAAGAGGAAGGCGCCAGUGGGAGGGAGGACUCUGUUAUCGUCAACGGGGCCUGCGGCGACCAAUCUUCGGACUCCAAGGACGCCCCCUCGCCCCCCAUCCUGGAGGCUAUCCGAACCCCGGAGAUCAGAGGCCGUAGAUCAAGCUCACGAUUGUCCAAGAGGGAGGUCUCCAGUCUGCUGAGUUACACGCAGGAUCUGACUGGCGAUGAUGAUGGGGAAGCCGAGGAUGGGGAUGGUUCUGACACUCCAGUAAUGCCCAAGCUCUUCCGAGAGACCAGGACACCACGAUCUGAGAGCCCAGCAGUCCGAACCCGAAAUAACACCAGUGCCUCCAGCCGAGAGAGGCACAGGCCCUCCCCACGUUCUACCCGAGGCCGGCAGGGCCGCAAUCCCGUGGACGAGUCCCCUGUGGAGUUUCCAGCUACUAGGUCCCUGAGGCGGCGGGCAACAGCAUCAACAGGCACACCAUGGCCUUCUCCUACCAGCCCUUACCCUACCAUUGACCUCACAGAUGAUGGUGUGACGCCCCAGGGCAGCAGUACCCCUUAUGCUGGGCCAAGCCAGGAUAGCCAGCAGGAGAGCUUGGAGUCCUCACAGGUGGAUGUAGACAGCACUGAGUAUCAGGAUGGGAAGGAGUUUGGAAUAGGGGACCUCGUGUGGGGAAAGAUCAAGGGUUUUUCCUGGUGGCCUGCCAUGGUGGUGUCCUGGAAGGCCACCUCCAAACGCCAGGCCAUGUCCGGCAUGCGAUGGGUCCAGUGGUUUGGUGAUGGCAAGUUCUCCGAGGUUUCUGCAGACAAACUGGUGGCCCUGGGCCAGUUCAGCCAGCACUUUAACCUGGCCACCUUCAAUAAACUGGUUUCUUAUAGGAAGGCCAUGUACCACACCCUGGAGAAAGCCAGGGUACGAGCUGGCAAGACCUUCCCCAGCAGCCCUGGAGAUUCACUGGAGGACCAGCUGAAGCCCAUGUUGGAGUGGGCCCACGGGGGCUUCAAGCCCACUGGGAUCGAGGGCCUCAAACCCAACAACAAGCAACCAGAGAACAAGAGUCGAAGACGCACAGCUGAUGACUCAGCCACUUCUGACUACUGUCCCCCACCCAAGCGCCUCAAGACCAAUUGCUAUAACAAUGGCAAAGACCGUGGAGAGGAAGAUCAGAGCCGAGAGCAAAUGGCUUCUGAUGUUACCAACAAUAAGAACAGUCUGGAAGAUAGCUGUCUGUCCUGUGGUCGAAAAAACCCCAUGUCCUUUCACCCAUUGUUUGAGGGUGGGCUCUGCCAGACAUGCCGGGAUCGCUUCCUUGAGCUGUUCUACAUGUAUGACGAUGAUGGCUAUCAGUCUUAUUGCACUGUGUGCUGUGAGGGCCGAGAGCUGCUUCUCUGUAGCAACACCAGCUGUUGCCGGUGCUUCUGUGUGGAGUGUCUGGAGGUGCUGGUGGGCACAGGCACAGCGGCAGAAGCCAAGCUUCAAGAGCCCUGGAGCUGCUACAUGUGUUUACCGCAGCGCUGUCACGGUGUCCUGCGGAGACGAAAGGACUGGAAUGUGCGCCUGCAGGCCUUUUUCACCAGUGAUACAGGCCUCGAAUAUGAGGCCCCCAAGUUGUACCCUGCCAUUCCUGCAGCCCGAAGGCGGCCCAUUCGAGUCCUGUCACUGUUUGAUGGAAUUGCCACAGGUUACUUGGUGCUCAAAGAACUGGGGAUUAAAGUAGAAAAGUACGUUGCCUCUGAAGUCUGUGAAGAAUCAAUUGCUGUUGGAACCGUUAAGCAUGAAGGGAAUAUCAAAUAUGUAAACGACGUCAGGAACAUCACAAAAAAAAAUAUUGAUGAGUGGGGUCCGUUUGACUUGGUGAUUGGUGGAAGCCCGUGCAAUGACCUCUCAAAUGUGAAUCCUGCCAGGAAAGGACUGUAUGAGGGCACUGGGCGCCUUUUCUUUGAGUUCUACCACUUGCUGAAUUACUCACGUCCAAAAGAGGGUGAUGAUCGGCCAUUCUUCUGGAUGUUUGAGAAUGUUGUAGCCAUGAAGGUUGGCGACAAGAGGGACAUCUCACGGUUCCUGGAGUGUAAUCCAGUGAUGAUUGAUGCCAUCAAAGUUUCUGCUGCUCACAGGGCCAGAUACUUCUGGGGCAACCUACCUGGGAUGAACAGGCCCGUGAUAGCAUCAAAGAAUGAUAAACUCGAACUGCAGGACUGCUUGGAAUUCAGUAGGACAGCAAAGUUAAAGAAAGUACAGACAAUAACCACCAAGUCGAACUCGAUCAGACAGGGGAAAAACCAACUUUUCCCUGUUGUCAUGAAUGGCAAAGAAGAUGUGUUGUGGUGCACUGAGCUCGAAAGGAUCUUCGGCUUUCCUGUACACUACACCGACGUGUCCAACAUGGGUCGUAGUGCCCGCCAGAAGCUGCUCGGGAGGUCCUGGAGUGUACCUGUCAUCCGACACCUCUUCGCCCCCUUGAAAGACUACUUUGCAUGUGAAUAACUAUAGUGCCUCAGGCCUGC